GCCGACCGAAUACGUCCGAAGCUGACUGAUCCGUUGAUCGACGAGCAAGGAUCAUGAAGUUAGCCCUUUGACGGAAUUCUGUAAGAACUGCGAGAGCUUCAGAGCGGUCUGAGUGUUCGUAGAAGGUUUCAAAACGUCACUGGCUCCGAUAAUUUGAAAAGAAAUAUAAUAAACGUUGUAAAUAUAAAUACGUUACUUGAUAUUGAUGAUGAAAGUAUCAUCACUAAUGGCAUCAUCACUCGAGCUAUUUGUAAAUAAUGUCCGUACGCUCUCAACGCAAGGCAACUUCAGAGAGCUCUGUGACAUUAUCAAUAAAUCUACGACCACGCUUGCAAGAAACGGGCCACAUUUAGACAAUGUCUUAGAAACACUUGACCUACAGCAACACUCACUGGGAAUCCUAGCCGUCCUCUGCGUAAAACUUUCCCUGCCAAAUGCCAACGGAGCAAACAACCCAGAUGCCUACAAGCCGCUGUUGAAUCAGGUCCAAGACUUCAUCGUAGGAUGCAACGGGGAGCAAGUCAGAUUCGCCCCGGAUACAUACACAGAAUUAUGCCACCUUUUAAGCCAACUCUUGAUAGACCUGCAAAUGCCUCUGCGAGGUGUCGACCUCUUGCGCAGAGCAAUACGAAAAAUACAGCUGUUCGACAGCCAGCUGACAUCUAUACACGCAGAUUUGUGCCAGCUGUGUUUACUCUCAAAGUGUUUCAAGCCUGCGCUAGAGUUUUUGGAUACUGAUAUAACCGGUAUAAGUCAAGAGGGUGGACAAUUCGAGCCGAAAUACUUUUUGCUAUACUAUUAUUACGGUGGAAUGAUAUACACGGCGUUGAAAAACUACAAUCGAGCCUUGUACUUUUUUGAGGUCUGCAUAACGACCCCUGCGAUGUCGGUGAGCCACAUAAUGUUGGAGGCGUACAAAAAGUAUAUGCUGGUGUCGUUGAUUCUUCAUGGUAAAAUAGUGACCAUACCAAAGUAUGCGAGUCAGAUCGUUAACAGGUUUAUCAAGCCACUGAGUCAGGGGUAUCACGAUAUCGCGACGGCCUACUUGACCAAUAGCUGCGCACAAGUUAACACUGUGAUGACCAAGCACCAAGAGCUGUUUGUCAGAGAUCACAACUGGGGAUUGGUGAAACAAGUCCUACGCUACUUGUACAAAAAGAACAUACAGAGACUCACCAAAACUUUCCUCACCCUGAGUCUUACGGACGUUGCUAGCAGGGCACAACUUCCCGGGCCCACUGAGGCUGAGCAAUAUAUUCUAAACAUGAUUGAAGACGGCGAGAUAUUUGCAACGAUCAAUCAGAAAGAUGGAAUGGUCGUGUUUCACGACGAUCCCGAGAAGUAUAACUCACCCGAAAUGCUUGCCAGGCUUGAAAAAGAAAUGGAAGCUUGCACGGAGCUCGAUAAACGGGUUCUAGAGAUGGAGGAAGAAGUGCUUUUGGCACCUCAAUAUGUGCGUAAAGUGUGCUGUCAUGUAGAUCAAGAUGAGCCAUUGACAGGUCCCGUACAUACCAAUGUAACCAAUACCCAAGGACAGUCUAAACAUAGCACUUACUCCAUGUAACAUACCAUGAUCGUGCGUUAUCUUUAUUAAAAAACAAAAACAAAAACAAAAAAAAAAAAACAACAAAACAAAAAAUGGAAAAAAAGAAGGGAAAAAUCAUUUU